CGAUCGUUCAAAAUCAUCUCAUAGCCAUGAGUCUGUCCCGGUUCCGUUUGAUCACCUUCGAUGUGUACAACACGUUGCUACAGUUCCGUUCGAGUCCCGGAAAGAAAUAUGGUGAAAUUGGUGCAAUGUUUGGGAUCAACAAUAACAACAACCAACUGGUGGCAAACUACGUCCAAAGCUGGCACAAAAUGAAUCGGCUUCAUCCGAACUUUGGACUGAAGACUAAAAUUUCCUACAAACAAUGGUGGCAGAUGAUGAUAGACGGCAUUUUUAACGAAAAUGGAACCCACAACACACCACCGGAGAAAAUUGAACAGAUGACUGAACAUUUUAUGGAGUACUUCAAAACGAGCGUCUUCUGGCAGCAUUGCUAUGGUUCGGUCGAUUUUCUAAACUAUUUGAAACUUCAACAGCACGUGGAAUCUAACGGACAGAAACAACCCCCCUUUAAAUUGGGUGUGAUUGCCAACUUCGAUCCACGGCUAGAUGUGUUGCUGAGAAAUAUGAAAAUUAAUCACUACUUUGACUUUGUGCUAAACUCGUACGACGUUGGUUACAUGAAACCGGCCCAGGAAAUCUUUGACCGAGCCAUUAAGGCAUCCGAGAUAAAGGAUCUCAAACCUCACCAGUGUCUGCAUAUUGGGGCUACUCCGGCGACGGAUUACUUCGGUGCACGGAAUGCGGGAUGGUAUAGCUUGCUGGUGCACGAAAAGUCAGCCGAAGAGUUGACCCGCAAGUACGGCCAGCUGGUGGAGGACAAUCAUGUGUUUUCUAGUCUGUUUGAUAUUCACAAAAAAAUAUCGAACGAUUACAUGAGAUGGUAAAUGAUAUUAGAGUGUCAACGUGUGCAAAUAUUGCGAGAUGUGAAUAAAGUUAUUU